UGUAGCCACCCAACAGCACAGAUGUCCUGUCACAUGGGCAAACAUAGACAAACAUUUGCUGGCCCAACAAAAUCUUCGCGAUAGCCCACAGCUUCCAGCAAUGCGCCCUAUCAGCAAUGCAGGGCCCUUAAGCGAGCCGUUAAUCCUCCGCGACGUGUCCUCCCCUCGCUCUACCGCUUCUUCGUUUGUACCUUUUGCUGCCCGAUGAACCCACAAUGGCCGACUCGAUUCCAGUUGCUACAGACCAGAAGACUGUCACGCUACCUAAUCACAGGUUUGCCAAAACGGGGACACUACGGUCUUGUUCAAGUACCUCACCGGCCCUCACGUCGAGAGAGUUCUCUCAUCUCCAUAUUCGCUUAAAAGGUUCCCGCACAUGCAGACACCGGAUACGCAGACGUGAAACACUCCCAGCGUCACCGCCUCUUCGUCGAAAACCUUCUCCACCGCACAGUACUUAGUUACACUGCAGCACCACCCCUUCCACUACUCUCGACACAAUGGCAUCCGAGAAACGUUUACGACGACUAUCCCAGACGAGAGCCCGGCCUCCAACAGGCACCAAACGGUCCUCGAGCUUGCGAAGGGUAUACAACCGCUUCUUUCACCCGGAAUCACCGCUCCCAGAAUCCGAACAAGGGUCCCCGGUCAUACCAGACUCAACACAACCUCCCCUGUCAGAGAUUGAAGUCCUGCAGGGUGAACUGCAACAAUGUCGCCAGAAUCUCGAGGAGGCGAGGGAGAUGGUCAUGUCCCAGGACCACGAGCUGUCAAAUUUGGAGAAAAACACACAGAAAAUGGAGAGACGCUACAAGGAAAAAGAGGCUGCUCUACGGCGGCUGAAAGCCUCGCUGGAGGAGACAAUGGUGGCUGUCGUUGUGCAGCAGAUCAGAGAUGCUCAGAAAGCCGAACGGGAUCUCGUCAAGGAAGAGUGCAUCCGUGAGCACCAGGCGGCUUUGGACAACGUCCACCAUAAAUACAGAUCAAGAGUCGCCAUUCUGUCGCAAGAGCUCUCAGACUCCCGCACUGCAAAUGAGCGAACGAAGGCAGCUUACGAAAACGAGGUCACAGCACUUCGCGUCGAACUCGCCUCCCUGACCACCGACCUCGAGGCCGCAAAGACAGCCAUUGUCGAGACCACCGAGUCACUUAAAGGGGUCCAACUAGCCUCGACGACCGCCCUGGAAGAAACAGAGAAAGCAAACGCAACCUUGAGAGAAGAGCUCGAAGCCCAGAUUGCUUCUCUGACCGAGGAAUUGAAUGCUGCCCAUUCGGGGUUGCAGAGUGCCGAGUUGAGCAUUGAUGAUCAUACCAAGCGAUACGAGGACCUUCAAAACACCUCCUCACGAGCAAUAGAAGAUGCAAAUGCAUCCCUGGCAUCAGUCCGCGCUUCGUUGGAGGCUCAACUUGAAGCACACGCCGCAGAGCUCUCGACGACUAAAGACGCCCUUGAAACCUCGUCCCGGGACAGGGAAGCGGACCAAUCCGCACAUCAGAUGGUCUUGGAUGAGCUCACUGGAGCCCGCAGCCAGAUUGCUGACCUCACAAACGACCUCCAAGAUCAUUCGACAACGAAGACCGCCCUUGAAGAAAAGGUUGCGCAGCUCCUGGUUGAUCUCGAAGCGUUCGAGGCUUGCAAACAAGACCUCGAAGGCUCUCAGGCCCGGGUCGCGGAUUUGACGACAGAACUAUCUUCAUCGCAUGUCGCACGAGAGAGUGCAGAGGCGCAGGUAGCUCAACUAUCCGCCGAACUCGACGAAUACGCUCAACUCAAAGCAGAGCAUGAGACUCAGACACAGGAACUCGAGAGCGCCAAUGCCAAGGUUGCGGAUCUGACAACCGAGCUUGAAGCCUUCGACGCCUGCAAACAAAACUUGGCAGAAGCAGAAUCAAAAAUUGGACAGCUUGCUGCCGAGCUUGAAGAUCAUGAACAGCUCAAAACGGAACAUGAAUCGUGCAAGCAGGAACUUGAGGACAUCCAAUCCAAGGUUGCAGAGCUUUCAACCGAGCUGGAAGUCCUCCAAAAUUGCAAGACAGACCUCGAGGAAGCCGAGUCGAAGAUUGGUCAUUUGACCGCUGGACUUGAGGACCAUGAACAGCUGAAAGCGGACCACGAGGCUUCCAAGCAAGAGUUGAUGAACACGCAAGCCAAGCUCGCCGAGUUGCAAAGCGAAAUGGACGGAACCAAAGACGCCUUUGCUGAGGCUGAGUCAAAGAUUGCUCAACUCACAGCAGAGCUCGAGGGUUACGCACAGCUCAAAGAGGAUCACGAGAAUGAAAAGGAACGUUCUGCCAGCCUUCUCACAGACAUCGAUCGCCACGUUGCCGCUGUGACGGAGGCAGAAGGAAGACACAAAGAAGCAGAGGCCCGUGCUGUUGAUGCCGAAGAGAAACAUGCCGCCGCACUCAAGGAUCUGGAUCAACACGCGGCCGCCGUGGCGGAAGCAGAAGAAAAACAGAAAGAAGCUGAAACGAGAGCCACGGAGGCCGAAGAGAAGCAUGCAGCCAUACUCCAGGAGCUCGAACAGCAUAAAACAGCCGCGACCGAUGCAGAAGCACGUGCUGCCGAAGCAGAAGAGAAGCAUGCCUCCGUAGUCGAGGAGCUUGAACAACACAAGACCGCCGCAGCUGAGGCGGAAACACGCGCUGCCGAAGCGGAAGAGAAGCAUGCCUCCGUAGUCGAGGAGCUUGAACAACACAAGACCGCCGCAGCUGAGGCGGAAACACGCGCUGCCGAAGCGGAAGAGAAGCAUGCCUCCGUAGUCGAGGAGCUUGAACAACACAAGACCGCCGCAGCUGAGGCGGAAACACGCGCUGUCGACGCAGAAGAGAAACAUACCUCAGCACUAGAGGAGCUGGAAGGGCACAAGGCGGCUGCAGCCGAAGCGGCAGAAAAGCUGAAAGAAGCUGAAGAGCGCGUCACUGAAGCAGAAGAGAAGCACGCCAACGCGCUGCAAGACCUGGAUCACCAUAAGACUGCCGCGACAGAGGCCGAAGAGAAGCAGAAGGAAGCAGAAGCUCGUGCUGCUGAGGCGGAAGAUCUGCAUAAAUCUGUCCUUGCCGAGGUUGAUGCGUUGAAAGACAGCCUUGCAUCAGAGACUGCGAACCAUACAGCAACAAAGGAGCAGAACGAGCAACUCACGAAGGAUCUCGAAGACGCUUCCGCUUCUCAUGGUGCCACGCAAACCUCCCUGGACGAGGCAUUGGAAAAUAUAGCCGCCUUGAAGGAGCAGAUACAAUCACUUGAGUCUGAGGUUGCUUCCAUUACAGCGUCGAAGCAGGCCGAUGCAGAACAAUUCGAGUCACAGCAAGCCAAACAUGCUGAAGAGCUAGCAACCGCCAAGGAGGAGCUUUCGAAUUCCGAGGCAGAAAAGGCUAAACUGGCUGAAGAUAUCGAUACUGCUGACGCAGCUAAGAAAGAGCUCGAGGAGAAAGUUGAAGGUCUCGAAGCGGAGAGUUCCAGGCUUUCUACCGAGCUCUCAGAGGCACAAGCUAGCCAACAAUCUGCCGAAGAAAAGCACACCGCCCUCGAAGCCGAGCUCAAGGCACUUCAGGACGCCAAUGCCGAGUUAACACUUAAAAGCCAGAAGGCUGAAGAAGCAGAGGCCGCUCAGCACGCUGCAGAAGAGAAACUGGCUGCUUUGGAAGAACAACUGAAGUCGCUUCAAGACAGCAACGAAGAGUUGGUCGAGAAAGCAAAAAAGCUGGAGGAAAUGGAGGCUGAACACCACACCAUCCAAGAGAAAUCUGCUGCCCUCGAGGCGCAGGUGCAAUCAGUCCAGGAGACCAAUGACGAGUUGACAAAGAAACUCGCGGACGCAGAAAGUGCCAAAGCGGCCGCGGAGACUGAGGUGGAAAAAUUACAAGGAGAGCAUGCGUCAACCGUGGACGGACUUCAACAGGAACUUGCCUCGACCAAGGAAGCCUCCGAAAAGGCAAAGGAAGAGGCGGCAGCGUCUCUGGCGGGACUCGAAGCAAAACUGGCUGCGUCUGAGGCUUCUCACCAGGAAGCUCAGGAAUCGCUAGAAAAGGUUCGUGCAGAUGCAGACCAAUCCAAGUCUGAAAUGGAUGAGAAGCUCGCCGAGGCAGAGAAUGCCCUGAAAGCUGCUCAAGAGGCACUUUCAAAAGCACAAGCUGACACCGAUGCCAUAACCAGUGAUUUUGAGCAGAAACUGGCCGAUGCGCAGGCGAACCAGAGCGCUGCUGAAGAGGAGGCGGCCAAGGCAAGAGAAGAGCUUGAAGCUAAGCUUGCCUCAGCCUUAGCCGAACAGCAAUCUGCCGAGGGCGCACUUGAAGAAAUUAAGAAGGAACUCGAGACCGCCGAAGAGGCCAAAGCUUCUCUUGAAUCGAAGUUGGGAGAGGCGGAAAGCGCCACAGCCGCAGCUGAGCAACGCGUUACAGAAACCGAGGCAGCCAAAGCUGAGGUGGAGGGCAAGGUGAAACAGGCCGAGGACGACAAGGUCAAUUUUGAGCAAGAGCUUCAGGCAGUGAGAGACAAGCUGGCGGAAAUUCAGGGUGAACUUGAGUCGACUCAGCAGGAGAAGCUCAAUAUUACCGAGCAGUCAUCGAAAGAUCUCGAGUCCAAAGAAGCCGAACUUGGCGCUGUUCUGACCUCCAAGUCGGAGCUCGAAGCUCGGCUCCACGAGACAGAGGCGAAUCUGGAAGCUGCCAAGAAAGCUGAGGAUGAGUCGAAUGCUCACUUGAAAGAGCUCGAAGCUGAGCUCGAAUCCCUCAAGGGACAAGCGACCGACGUCAGCAAAAUGUCUGAAGAUUUGGAAGCUAAAGAGCAGGCUAUACAAGCAUUGACCGCCAGCAAGGAUGAAGUCGAGGAUCGGCUGAAGGACGCGGAGGCCAAGCUUGCCUCCUUGCAACAAGAGAUCGACACGCUGAAAACAUCGUCGGAGACGUCGAGGGAAGAAGCCGCCAAGCAACUCGAGACGCGGGAGCAAGAAUUCAAGCAACAGUCGGAACAAGCUGCUCAGGAGCUCGAAACACUCCAAGCUGAGUUGAAGUCCAAGGAAGACGCGAUUGCAGAUCUCAGAGCUCUAAAGGAGAAGAUGGAGGAAGAGAUGGGAUCAUUAUCGUCUCCUCCGACAUCGCCUGAUCCCGAAGCCAUUGAGGACAAGACAUCCACUGUUGCCACGGUGAAUGGCGGACGUGGAAAGAAGAGUCGAAGGAGGAAGUCCAAAGCCAAGGCGGCUGAUGACAGCGAUGCUGCUAAAGGAGAUGCGGAUGACGAGUGACGAUGAAAUGACCUGGUUGUGGAUGAUGAACGACGGAUGGGACCAUGGGUGAUGUAGAGCAUGUUGAUGACGAUGGGCGUCGGGAAGGUUAUCACACUAAUGGACUUGGAGAGCUGGUCUGGAUGAGUAAGGGUGCAUUGGUCUAUGUGUUUUGCAUGAUAACAUAGUGCGAUGGAGCAGGCGGCCACCUUCAUGAGCUUGGAGCAUAUGGACGACAUGCAGGAUGGACACGGAUGCGGAUGGAGUUAACUGCUUGGGUAUGUUUGUGAAAUGAGAACCAAUGAUCCGCCGGACUACGCUUGGGCACCUCAAUGCUCCGCCGAACUGCGCUUCCCCAAAGAUGACAUCAGAAAA